AUGGGAAUUAAAAAAUUAACAGAUUUAAUUGAAGAUAAUGCACCAACUUCAAUUAAAACAAAUAUAUUAAAAAACUAUUUUGGUAGAAUUAUUGCAAUUGAUGCAUCAACAAGUUUAUAUCAAUUUCUUAUUGCAAUGAAUGCUGAUGUUUCUUCGGCAUUAACAAAUCAACUUGGUGAAACUACAAGUCAUUUACAAGGUAUGUUUUAUCGUACAAUUAAAUUAAUUUCAAGAGGUAUUAAACCAAUUUAUGUAUUUGAUGGUAGUGCACCAGUAUUAAAGAGUGGUGAAUUAGCAAAAAGACAAGCAAGAAGAAAAGAAGCAAAAGAGAAUUUAAAGGAAGCAACAGAGGUUGGUACCAAUGAAGAGGUUCAGAAAUUUGCAAAACGUGUUAUUACAGUUACACGUAAACAAAAUGAAGAUUGUAUAAAACUUUUAACAUUAAUGGGUGUACCAAUUGUAAAGGCACCAUGUGAGGCAGAAGCGCAAUGUGCAGAGAUUGUAAAGAAGGGUAAAGCAUGGGCAACCGGGUCAGAGGAUAUGGAUUCUUUGACAUUAGGUUCAACAGUACUACUUAGACGUCUUUUCUUUUCAGAAGCAAAGAAAAUGCCAAUUCUAGAAUUUGAAUUACAAUCAGUAUUGGAGGGUUUAGGGUUAACUCAAGAUGAGUUUAUUGAUCUUUCCAUUCUUUUAGGUUGUGAUUAUUGUGAUAGUAUCAAAGGUAUUGGUCCAAAGAGAGCAAUUGAGUUAAUUCAAAAACAUAAAUCAUUGGAGGAGGUAAUCAAACAUUUAGAUAAAUCCAAAUACCCAUUACCAGAGUUUUUCCCAUACCCAGAGGUGAGAGAAUUAUUUAAAAAUCCAAAUGUUAUUCCAGCUGAUCAAUUACCACCUUUUCAAUGGAAAGAUCCAGAUGUUGAAGGUUUAAAUAAAUUUUUAGUUGAAGAAAUGGGUUUCUCUGAUGUUAGAGUCGCUCAAGGUAUUGAAAAAUUAAAGAAAUUUAAAAAUACAAGUGUUCAAUCUCGUAUGGACUCUUUUAUAACUGUAAUUAAAAAACCAGAAGAUCCAAAUGAUAAAAAAAAGAAAGUUACAAAAACUCCUUCAAAACCUUCUGCAAAAACUUCUAAAAAAUCUUCAUCAACUUUUAAAAGAAAAUAA